CGCGCUCCGCGGUGACUCGUGUUUUCCUUUGGCGUUCGAUCGUCACUUCCGAUACGGGAAACCUGUAUUACUCAGCUAUCGUAGCAAUGAUCUAUGGGGUAAAAGUAUUGGAAUGUGUUUAACCAGCUCUAACACAUAUGUGAUAAUGACUGGCACCAAUAUUGUCCUUUAAAUUUAGACCGUCCGAUCUAUGGUUAGACGAUAAUAUUAUCCAAUGAGAUGAAGGUAUUUAUUAACCUCCCAAAACCGGAUGUUUACAUCACUAAUAAACAAGCGUGUGCGUGUUUUUCUUGUUUUUGAUAAUAUAAUUAUCAUUUGAUUUAAUUUUUGGACUAAGUUGGACGUAAAAUGAUUGCUGGCGGUACUCACGUUUUAAUGCCAGUUGAAGCGGAAGCGUUUAUCGAGGAACUGACAAAAAUUGACUUGAAAGAUGUCGGGAACACAAGAUGGAGUCAGCAACAUGAAAGAAUUGAAAAGAUUAAUAUGCAGGCUGUAGUUAGUGCAACACAACAAUCAGAUGAAUUUGUUAAAGAAUUUUUGAUAACAUUUGAAAAGCUUCCACUUCUUAUACAUGAUCUAAUUGUUACCGAGACCUGGAAAGAAAAGAUAUUCCCAGAACUAGUUGCUAUGAAAUUUGAACCUAAAAUAACAUUUCCAUUAUAUAUUGCGUUAUAUCAUGAAGCUACUGUGUCUAAUUUAUUAGAAACUGUUAUGUAUCAUAGAGAUGCUUGUGAAGCAGCUGAAGAUGGUAUUUUAGAUUUAUUAGAUUAUUGUUAUCGUAAACUAACACAUAUGAUAGCACUAGCUGAUGAAUAUAGAGAUGAUGAAGAGGAAGAAAAGAUGGAUUCCAAAUCAGUUAAAGCUACCUGUAUGAAGGAUUUAGUGAAACAGAAAAAAACUAUGGAAUUUGAAAUAUGUGUUAAAGCAAUCUCUUUACUUAGAUAUAUUACUGAUCAUAUGGAGGGUUUGCCAUUAAGUAUAACAACGAGAUUAUUAAAUACUCUAGAUAUACCAGUUUUAUUAGUAGAACUUAUAGAAAAUCCACCCUGGUCCAAGAGACAAAAUGGUAAAAUAUUUAAGUAUAUUGAUAAUAAAUGGGCAGAAGUCAGUAGAGAUGAAAUGUUUCAAAUAACUAAAAUAGAAGGACAGGUAUGGAUAUCAAUAUUUCAUGUAUUAAUGGAUCAGAACUGUCAACACAAAUAUGAUAUGAAUUCCUACAGAAAAAAUGUUAUAUUAAAGUUACGUGCUUAUAUUAAUGAGAUGUUAUUAGAUCAGCUACCUAUACUAGGUGAACUACAGAGAUAUUUAGAACAUCUGUCUAUGAUGGAACCACCAGCUGCUAAACAAGAUCUUGUACUAGAACAGGUACCAGAAAUAAGAGAUACUGUUUUAAAAGAAAAUGAAGGAAAGUGGCAAAAAUUGGCUGUUCAUCAAUCAAAAACUCAUUUUAAUCCAAGCCCAGCAGAUAUACAACAACAGGCAAAGAGAUGGGCUGAUACCUAUAAUAUGGAUGUUUUAGAAGGUUUAUUAACAGAUCCACCUAAAUGUGCUGUAUGUGGUGAACCAGCUAGUAAAAGAUGUUCUAGAUGUCAGAAUGAAUGGUACUGUAGAAGAGAAUGUCAAGUGAAUCACUGGGCAAAGCAUAAGAAAGCCUGUAAUCUGAUGUUUGACAGUUUAAAAGCUGAUAAAAAUAAUGCAGUCUGCUCUUGAUGUAUUUAAAUUUAGAUAAGAAUCAAAGUUUUCAUUUGGGUUGACCAGAUAUAUUGUUUGUGACACUGAAGACUUGUUAUCGUCACACAGAAUUAUUCCCCUUGAUCACUUUGAUAAAUCUUGUGGAUGCUUAAGUAGCUAAAGUUAUCAUCCAAUCAUUUUAAAUUAAUACACAGAAUAAGAAUCAUAUUGAUUUUCAAUGGUUUCUGAUAAUAACUAUCAGAGUUAUUGUCCUUGAUAACUUUGAUAAAUCUUGUAACUACUUUGGUUAUGUACAAAUGAAUCACAAUGUGACAGCCUUUACAGACUGCUCAAUGGGUGUAUAUUUCCAUACCUGGCAACCAAUUUUGCAAGAUAUAUUUCUCACAAAACAAAUCAAUGCAUUAGGUUUAAUCAAUUUUUUUUUUCUUACCUGAAUCAAGAUGGGGCAAGCUGCAGAAAUGUUGAGGAUACAACUGACCAUAGGCAUACAUUUUGUUUUAUUUCUCUCAUAAAACAGCAUCAUCUAAGAUAAUCACAUUUCAUGAUCAUAGUCUUUUGAUAAAGGAAUCCAUUCUUACAACACAGUAUCACUACAUUAUCAAUAUCAUUGGUCAAAUUUUAUUUGUCUUAUCAC